AUGAGGUGUACUGAUGGCACUAAUGCCCCUGCACGGUUGACAGCUGGGUGGACUGGUGGGCUGAAGACUACUGGAACUGCCAGCCUGCCUGUCUGGUGUUCAGAAGUCUCGAACUCUCUACCCACCCAUGUUUUCCUGGUCUUGGGACUAUAUACCUCCCUCCACCCCCGUCGUUCGUAUGGAAGUUUCGGAAUAAUCGUUAAUGGGCCCUUCUGCUUUAAUACUACUGCUAUUACUACUACUACUAGAGCUACUCUUACUACUGCUAAUGCUCCUACUCCUACUACUGAUGCUCUUGACGCUUCUGCUUCUGCUACUGCUUUCAUAAUGUUUUCUCUGCUCAAGGCUUCCAGUUUCUGGGGUCUGGAAUAUUUGACACAAGGUUCCGUCUUCCACUUCUUCCUCUUCUUCUCUUAUGCUCCGCCUACUACUACUUCUUCUUAUGCUCCGUCUUCUACUUCUUCUUCUUAUGCUCCGUCUUCUACUUCUUCUUCUUCUUAUGCUCCGUCUUCUACUUCUUCUUCUUCUUAUGCUCCGUCUUCUACUUCUUCUUCUUCUUAUGCUCCGUCUUCUACUUAUGGUCCGUCUUCUACCUCUUCUUCUCCUUCUACUUCUUGUUGUUCUUCUGCUUAUGAUCCGUCCUCUACCUCUUCUUCUUCUGCUCCGUUUUCUACCUCUUCUUCUUCUUCCUCUUCUUCAGCUCCGUCUUCUACUUCUACCUCUCCUUAUUCUUCUUCUUCUUCUUCUUAUGUUCUUCCCUUUGUUCUUCGGGGAGACCUUCUAAGUAUUCCGUAG